AACCCAUUGAUGCAUGAGUAUAGAAAAUCUGCCGUUAGUCGAGCGAUGAUUAUUAACUAACGGCAUUGGACGUUUCAGUUUCAGUUAAUAGAGCUAGCCAUUGAUUUCUAGAUUCAUAGUUAAGUGUAACAGUGUAAUGAACGGUAGCCUAUACUAUAAUUUAAGGGAUUUCGAUAAUUUAAUUAACAAAGAUUAUCGCCUAAGUAAUAAGAUUAAAGUAAAAGUAAAGGCUCAAAGGGCAGAGGCAAAGGGGUAAAAAAAUGGAUCUGGACAGCAGCCUAGACCUAGACCUAGGUAAGUAAGAAUUGAGUAAGAAGUUAGUAGGCCUACUAGUACGGUAAGGAAAUUAAGUAAGCAAACUAGUAAAAUUAGUAAUAGUAAUAUUAGCAUUAAGUUAAUUUUAAUUUAAUUAUUAGCCUAAAUCACUAAUUAUUAGAAUUAGAUUUUCUCAGCGGGUAUUUUCAAUAAAUACUACCGGUAUUGAAUUAUAGUAAUAACAAUAAAAUCUAAAAUUGUGAAGUUUUAAAUAGAUUAGAUUUUUAAAAAGAAGUUCUUAGUAAUCUUAGUAGAGCCUCGGUCUCGUUCCUCCUACUAGCAACAUCACUAUUUAAGUAAAGUAAUAAUUAGGCCUGCGUCUUUCAUUUUUGAGUUAGCAAAAUAAAAAAAAAAAAAAAAAAAAGGAGUGCCAAGAUACACCCCACCCCAUUUUCCCCAUUCUUUAUAAACGCCCCCCUCUAAUGUCUAAACCAACAAUUGUUAAAAUAGGCAAAAAAAUGAUUUCAAAUUCAUUUUAAUUUUACAAUAAUACAUUAGUAAGUAAGCCUAUGCGGAUGCGUAAAUAAGUCUAAGUAAACUAAAUUAAUUAGAAACUUUAAAACUCACUCGGUAGAGGGUAGGCCGGGUAGCCUAUUUUUAAUUUUUAAAAGUAGGCUACUCUUAAAAAUGUGUGUGUGCUCACAACUCUAGAGUUAAGUUUGACUGUAAUUCAAAUCCCUCAGAUCCAGGUUCUAUCAAUUUAGAGUCUUUCUUAUCAAAAGAUAUUUCUAGCCUUGUCGUGGUCACUGUUCAACUUGUCAGACAAAAAUUAUAAGUAUAAUUAAAGGGAAGCAAACUUUACAAUUGUUUCCUAAAUAUUUAGGUUUUUUGCUACCUCCCUCAGUUGGGCCAUCAGUUUCUUUAUGAGAAGAUAAAGAGUAACAUAGAUCACUCUUCCCUUCCACGCCUUGUAGAUUCUCCUGGUCACAUUUAACAAAAUGAUUUCUCUGCUUGAAGAUCUUACAUACUUUUCCCAUUUAAGACACAAUUAUUUCUUGAAGAUAUUGUAUUGGUACACAAAAUUUACAUUUAGGCUGCUUAUUGUUUUGAGAAGUAUUGUUUUGAGCAGUGUUUGUCUGGCAUCUCUUACCAGACAGUAUAGCAUAAGCCUCUUCUGGACAUCUUAUUCAUCCUCUGCCUUGGCAGUGAACUCUCCUAAUAAUUUUAGUUGAAAAUUAGCUGCUUCAUUGGCUCAAGAAAUCGCUAUCCAAGUCUGCAGGGUAAGUUUGGUUUCUUGCAAUGGUUUCAUUAUCUUUAAUGCUUACUAAACUUCUAUCUUUCAGCAGAGAGUCAUCCAUAUGUUCAUAAAAAUUGCACAUUUGAGCUAUUAAUGCGCAUAGUGCUGCAAUGUAGUCAUCAAUAUGUUCACAAGGUUUCUGCUUAAAAACGUACCUCUCAAAAGUCUCAUUUCUCCUGCUCAUGAAAUGAUCAAGUGAAUUUAUGUACAUAGUGCAUACCAUUGUAAAUAGACAAUCUCCCUGGUCCUAGGAUGUGUAGGAAUAGGGCUUUUGUUUAUUCCUCCUCUUCAUCAGUAUUUCAUCCACAUUAGUUUGAACAGUUUCCAUUCCUCACAGUUCUUCACAUUUAAAGAAGGUGUAUGAUGAAUUCUUUGUUAAUCAUAAUUAUUUUCACUGUGAUAUGCCUUAUUCACAAUAAAAAUACUGCCACCAUAUUAUGUGAUAAUAUAGGCCUAUUUAAUACAAAGUCAAACAGGAAAGCUAACACAACUACACAGCUUCAUGCCUAGAUCUUUAAUCACAACUCACAAACAAAACAACAUGGUUACAAUAAACACUGGCUUUUACUAAAUGAUAAUAAAAGGGAAGGAGCAUUGCUUACUUACUUAUUUACUUGCAAGGAGCAUUGACAAUACAGUUAAAUGAUAAUAUAACAGUAAGUUUCUAAAAUUAUUUGUUCCAGGUCUAGCAAAACUAUCAUUAAGCAAUGAAGACUUGUCCUCAAAGCUAUGGUCGCUUACAAUAAGUAGUAGCAAUUUUGAAGUUGUUACUGAGCAGGAGCCUACUUAUAACAACGUGUGCAUAACUUCCACUCAAGGCAAUCAAGGUAUAUCAAAAAUAUGAACAAUUAUAAUUUAUAUAAUUUGUCAUUUAAUCUUAAUGUGUUUCCCCCUUUUUGAGUAAAUGACAGUGCUAUUUUUAGAAUAAAACAAGUUCCUACUUAUUUGGCCUUGAUAAGGUUCAUAUUAUGUCAUUGUAUAUUUCAUUUUGAUUUUAUGGAAAGGCAAUGUUGUGCCCGAUAACUUUAAGAUUAUCAUCAAAUGAAGCAUCUUUCACCUCAAAGCAUUUCACAACAAUUUUGAGAGGUAAUAAAAGACUCAACACAGUUGUUGUUUUUUUUAAAGAAGUAACAUCUUUAUAAUAUUAAAAUUUAUUUACCUAUAUAAUAUGAAUGGCUGGAAGUAGAUAUAUUAUCUAAACAUUGUUGAGGAAAAAAGAAGAAAAAAAAGAUUCAAGUAUACAGUUAAAACAACUGACUUUUAAUAAUGUGUACAAUAGUAAUAUAUUCCAAGCUAACUUUGUGUCUGUUCAAUAAUAUUAUUCAGUAUUAGAGACAUUCAGUAUAUUCACCAACAAAAUCUUUAAUGGAGUAAUACAGAGAAAUAAAAAGUGAUAUUAUGGUUAUGGCAGUAAAGAAUAUUUUACAGUUUAUUUUAAGUAAUAAUGUUAAUAUUGUUUUGUUAUUGGAGUUCCAGAUCCAAUUGUUGAUUCAGAUUUUAACAUCAUAAAUAUCUUAUUUCAUUUCAUCAUUGAAAUAUUUGGAAUUUUAUUUUCAUCAUUGAUUAAUUUAUUAUGAAAUCAUCAGAUUGUUUAAGAACUUCUACUCAACCGACCAAAGAAUUAAGAGAAUAUCAAAAGGAGUUGGCUGAAAAUGCUUUGUCUGGAAAAAAUACUAUAAUCUGUGCUCCAACUGGUUCAGGAAAGACAAGAGUAGCCAUUCAUAUACUACUUGAGCAUCUUCAGAGGGAUAAAGGUAAUGCAUUUAAAUGCAGCAACAAAGUUUUUAGACAGAAAAAAAGUUAACUUGCAAAGCAAAACAUUUCAUCAUCAACUUUGAAAUACAGGUACAGGGAAAAAUAUAGAUACAUACUGUGAAUUUUAUACAGGUUAUUCAUAAUUAUUUUUUUUUGAGAAAAGAAUAAUCCCAUUUGUUACAACCUUUGUUAUACUAGAAAUGUUACGGCCCUCUUGCUUUGUCUAGGGUGUAUGAAUCUCUCACAUAGAACACAAGGUCCAGUGUAACAAUAUAUAAUAUUUAUUAGAUUCUUAACAAAACAGGAUACACAUCAGUCCAACGACCAAUUAUCCACUUGCUCCUAUCGCUACUGACUAACUCCUAACUGACAACUUUCGACGACUAACAAUUCUCUUGCUCCUCUACCUUUCUUCUUUCUCUGUCUGACUUUCUUCUCUGACCUCUAGCUAACACACAUCCCUUUUAUAAUACCACACAACAACUCAGCCUACGCAAACGUUCCACACCACGGACUAACUUCACGCUCUGACCUCACGAUCAACAACUCACAAAACACUCACGAUUCACGACUCCCCCUACCCAACAUUCACAACAAACUAGCUUACAACACCAUUAUGAAAAAUCAGCUUUCAUUUUUUUCUAACUUAGCAAUUGCUCUCUAGCAACUCAUUCUCUGAAACCAAACUAGGGAAUAAGAUGAUCAAUUUAGCCUCAUAAAAAUUCCAAGUUUGCUCUUGUACUCACAUGCUAUAAUUUUUUAUUUGCUGCAGAAUGCUUUUUUUGGAAGUCACUUUUUAAAAAAAAAAUUUUUUAUUUUUUGUAGUUUCAUUUAUGUAUUUUUCACUUAUUAUGCAUUUCUCAUUUCCUUAUUUACAACUUUCCUAAUAACUCCUGAAACAUAUUCACAAGUGUUAAAAAACUUGCUUAGAAAGAGAAGAGAAAGGAGUCAUCUUUCUUCACUCUCUAUCCAAAGACUGGUUUCUGACCUCUGGCUCAAGUCAAAUAAAAAAUUUCCUAACCCUUAUUUAUUUGAAUUUCAACAAUUUAUUCCCCAACAAAUUAAAAAUACUUUUUGACAGUAUUAACUAAAUAUUAACUAAAUAUUUUGUUACAGCUUGUGAGAAAAAGAAAGUGGCUUUCCUAGCAAGGACAGUGCCCCUUGCUUUUCAGCAGUACAAAGUAAUAUGCAAUGACCUUCCUGAAGAUUACAAGGUACACUGGAAAUGCAGUUAUAUCUUAAAUUAUACACUGUUCCAACAGUUUUAUCUGCGGACCUAUCUUUUACAUUGUUUGAUUAUCAGCUGAAGUGCUUUUUAUAUUUUCUAUUUAACUAUUUAUUCUUAAUAGAAGAUGCAGCAAAGUACUUCAUCAUGAUGCAGAGUCUGUAAAGAAUAUAAUUUAAAAAAACAUUUGGAUUAUAGGCUAGGAGUCAGGAGAAUAAGAAAACUUUGCUAAUAAUAGAUUGAGAAACAAAGCAUUCUGAGACAGAAAGAUUGUGCAUUAUAUCAUGAUAGUAUAUUAAGACAGUAGAAUAACAGAAGCAUUAAUUAAUCAAGACAUGGGCAUGAAUUUGAAACCUUAAAUCAAAUUAAAUGGCAAAUUACCAAUAAUAUCUUGAACUUGAAUGCUAUUAGGUCUUAAGUGUAGCUAAUUUUAAUUUCUUUAUCGCAGAAAAUAUCAUCAUGUUACUGAAAAUGCAACAUUUUUAAAUUAAUUAAAAAUUAUAAAAACAAAGAUUUAGCUUUAUUAUCAUUGUUGUAACUUACAAAUAAAAAUAUUUCCUGUACAAUGUGAAAAAUGUUGACUUGAAAAAUCUCUACUAACGCUGUUAGUGUAAGUUAUAAUAAAAAUUUACAUUAAAAAUUUAUUAUUAAAAUAUUAUGUAGUGUGGUUUAAUAUAUAAUUUAUGACUACAAAUAACCUUUUUAGAUGUACAAAAUAUGUAAUCUCUGGCUGAUUUCUGCUAUGUGGCUAAAGUUAAUUUUCAAUAAUGCAAGAAAUUGUGUGAAUUUUCUUGAUAAAUUGGAAAUUAAGUUUGUGAUUAUAGAAAUUGUCUGGGGAAAGAAAGAGGGGAAGGAGAGUGGAAACAGAACUUAACAGAAAAGUUUAUAAAUGUUUUGGAAAAGAAUGUGUUUGGAGUGGUGAGGUGGGUCCAGGCACAUAAUUUAUUUUGUAUGAUGAAAUAAAAAUGUAUCUUAAAAUUCUGAUACAAUAAUAGCCAUAAGAUUAUAAAUUGGUUUAUACAUUUUAUCUUCCUUAUGCUCCUGUGUUCACUUUCAAGGUUAAAGCCCUUGACCACAUAAAGAAUCUUAAAUAUUCAAUAAGAUGUUGUUUUUUUCAAUUUUAAUACAUUUUUCUUCCAGGCAGUUUGUAUAACAGGACGAAGUAAAAAAGGGUUACAACUACAUAUGCUUGUUCCUGAAUAUGAUGUCAUUGUUAUGACACCCAUGAUACUCUACAAUGCAAUAAAAAGAAAUGAAUUAACAGAACAUCUUGGAGUUUUCUCAUUGAUUGUUUUUGAUGAAUGUCAUCACACUCACAAAGAAGAACCUUAUAACUUACUUAUGAACUCAUACCAUGAGAUUAAAUCUAAGCCCAACAUCAAACUACCACAGGUAAUUUAUUCAAAAUGAUGAAUAUUUGAAAAACUGACUUCUUUUUUAUUUCCUUGAUAUUUAAACUGAAGCUUUGAAUACAAAUUAUUGUUUAAGAAUUAUUAAGACCCCAUCCCUACCUCCCUGUUGGUUGAGUCGUUAGAUCAUUUGCUCCCAACGAUAACCCAUAUAGUAAAUGAACGCUUGUCUUCUGGCACUGUUCCCUCUAUUUGUAAGUCAGCUGUCAUUAAACCAUUGCUUAAGAAGCCUGGUCUGGAUGAAAAUAAUUUUAAAAACUUUAGACCUGUAUCUAACUUAUCAUUUUUAUCUAAAGUCAUUGAAAAACUAGUUCGAAUAAACUUUUUGCUUACUUAAAUGACCACGUUCUUCUCAGUCCUAAUCAGUCGGCCUAAAGACCCUUCCAUAGCACUGAGACAGCUCUCUUGAGAGUCACCAAUGACCUCUUGCUCGCAUUGAACAGUGGUGAUAUCUCCAUCCUGAUUCUCUUAGACCAUAGUGCGACCUUUGACCAUGAAACCCUUUACGAAACCCUUGAAAUUUACUUGGGAAUUUCUGGAUCAGUUUUGACUUGGUUUAGAUCCCAUCUCUCCGAUAGGACGCAGGCGGUCGCUGUCGAUGGCUGUCUCUCAGGCAGUGCUGACUUGGUAUAUGGAGUGCCACAGGGGUCCGUUUUAGGCCCGGUUCAAUUCACAUUGUAUAUCAGGCGUCUGCUCCUCUUGCUGGGGAGGUAUGCUGUGGCCAGCCAGUCAUUUGCAGAUGACACGCAGCUAUACAAUCUCUCUCUUGUCGAUUCUGCUAUCCAAACUUUGCGGGAGAGCAUUGAUGAUGUCAAGACAUGUAUGACAGUCAGCAAGUUGACAAAACAGAAGCACGCCUUAUUCACGAUCACAAAUCAUCCUCUAAUUCAACUCUCCCCACUUCAUUUCAUGUAGGUAACUCGGAUAUACAGUUUACAUUCUCCGCUAGGAAUCUUGGUUAUAUUCUGUCAAACAACAAGUCUUAUCUCUCACAUUUUUCGCUCUGCAUACAUCGCUAUUCGUCAGAUCAGCUCCAUCUGCCAAUACCUCACAGUUAGUGCAACAAAAACCCUAGUCUGUGCUCUUGUCUUGACAAAUGUAACUCUCUUCUAUCAGGUUCACCAAAACACUUCUUAGAAAAAUUACAAAAGGUUCAAAACUCAGCCGCUUGGCUAAUUCUAAAGACAAAAAAACGUGAUCACUUCACACACUUCAUUGGUUCCCUGUACAAGCACGGAUUGACUACAAACUCCCUGUUCUCUGCCACAACAUUUUCUCGAAUUCCUGCCCUUCCUAUCUAACCGAACUUCUCUUUGUCUAUUCACUCCUUCUACACCUUUGAUCAUCCGCAGAUACGCAUAUUCUUUCUGCCCCCAAGACUCGCACAAAAAAUGAACGGUGAACGAUCAUUGUCUUUCUGUGCCCCCAAAUAGUGGAAUUCUCCUCCAUUACACAUCCACAAUAUACCGACCAUCACAGCCUUCAAAACUGCACUCAAAACACACCUUUUUAAACUCUACUACUACUAUCCUGACUGAUUCCCACAUUUGACUGAAAAACGAUGCUACUGGGAUGCCAUCCAUGGCUUGACAUGUAAAUAGUUUUAAAUAUAUAUUUGUUUUGUUUUAUUUAAUUAAGGUAUGUCAAUUAAUUUUUAAAGUUUUUUGAUUAUGUUUGUUAAAUUGUAGUGUGGUGAGCCCAGCCCUAGACUGGGUUAUCAAGCUAUAUAAAACCAUGUAUAAUAAUGAUAAGAACAAGAAAACUAACUUAAUCAUUUUUUCACUUAUUUUAAUUUAGGAAUAAAUUAUUAUUCCUUCAGAGUAAAUAUAAUUUGUUUAGUCUUAAACCAAUUUGAGUUAUUAAUUUUUUUUUAGAUCGUUGGACUUACUGCCUCUAUCAGUGUGGACAAAGCGGUGCAAGUGGAAGAGGCCAAAAAGAAAAUUUUAGAACUAUGUGGCAAUAUGGACACUGUGGACAUAUCAGUUGUUGAGAAGCACAAAACAGAACUGGAAAGCUAUUUACCUGUUUUAAAUGAAAGUAGGUAACGGAAAUAAUUAUUACAUUGAAAGAGUAGUUAUUUCUUGUUUUUUAAAUUCAAGUUUUAAAGUUAAUGAAAGUAAAACAUUACCUUAAAAUCUGAACAAAUAGAUAAAAAUAUUUUUCAAAUUACAAGCAGGGUUAUCAAUGGGCACUGAGCUGUACCCUGAUCAUUUAAAUAUAUAAAUUAUAAACACAUAAACAUUAAUAUUGUAUUAUCUAAGUUAUAUGUUAAAUAAAACUUAAUAAUAGACCUAUACGAAAGCAAUUCCACUAUUUUAAAUAAAUUAUGUAAAAAAUUAACUUCAGCCUAAGUUUUACUAACAAAGAUUAAUAGAGGUCUGUGAUCUUAUGGAAAAAAAAUUAUUAGCCUACCACCUUUGGCUGAAAAAUGAAAAACUUUACUUCAGAAACUCUCAAAGGCUGUUCCAAAAUUAAUCAAUAUUUUUAACUCUUUUUGUAUUCCCUUUUAUUAGGGUUAUAAUAAUUAUAAUUUAUCUAUGUCAUAUUUAUAUUCAAUCUUUUUGAAUAUUUUCAGCAACUAAACAGCUUAAAGAACGUUUCCAGGAUAAGUUUGUUAUCAAAAUCAAUGAAAUCAUGAAGAAAUUGGAAGAUAACCUUACACAUCAUGUGUCACGUAAAUACAUUAAUCUAAAAAAACUAUUUUGUUUAAACAUUUCUGAGGUAAAAUGCAUGUCAAAGUGAAAAGUAUGCUUUAUUACUUUUAUGUAUUUUGUUUUUGCCCAUUCAUAAAAAAUGUAACUUAUUUGAAAAACAACAAUUAUUAAAAUAUUAGAUAAUGAAAAUUUGUACUCGUGCAAAGCUCAUACAAUUCAUUUUUUUAAAUAUGGAAGAAUUAAUAUUUUAUGUUAUUUUAUCAGAACUCAAAAAUGAGGAGUUGAAACAGUUAGUAAAGAAAAUCCCAAUCACCAAAAGAAAUCUAUUGGAGUAUGGGCAAUGGGCAGAAAAGAUACAGAAGGAAGCCAGGACCGAGUGGCUAGAUACAGCCACUGAUCUUUCAGUCAGGAUUAUUAUAAUUAUCACCAAACAUUUGAUGGUAAUAAAAAUCACAUACAUAAAUCUUUGAUUUAUAUAUUAUCAAAUUGAUUCACAUUAAGAAUGGACAUAAACUAAACAAAGUAUUGGAAAACCUGGGGCAAAAUGCAACAAAACAAUUAAGGUAUCUGCAAGAAGCAUUCAUCAGAUAACAAACAACUUGAAAACCAGAAUUGAAUAAAAUAACAAUUAGCUGAAAUGUAUCUGAUGGGAAAGUAAGAAGAUUGUGGGAAUUAAGAAAUUCACAUUAAGAAAUUUUUUUCAGUUUCUAUAAUUUUUGGUAAACCCCACGAAUCCUUAUUUGGAAUAAAUUAUAUCAAUAUGAAUUUAUUUAGAUUUGACUUAUUAAGCUAAAAAAAUGUUAUUUAAAUUUGCAGCGAUGAAAUAAUCUUCUUGCAAUACAUUUCAGGCCUACAAUGUUGCCCAAGAGAGUCAUGAUUUGGUCGAGUUGAAAGAUGUGAUGGGGUACUUGAAAAAAUAUUUUGAGACUUUCAAAGCAGAUGAAGAGAGUACAACACAUGAAUGUACUUUCUACAGCUAUUUUCAAGGUAUCUUUCCAAUUUUAAAAUGUCAGUUAUCUAUACAAUAAUAAUAUAAACAUUAAAAAUCAUAUUAUUGAUGGUUGAUUGGGAAGAUGAAAAAAAAUUUCUGUUUAAAAACUUUAUUACUAUACAUUAGCCGUUAUAGUCUAAAUUGAUAGACUUUUAAAUGGUGUUUUAAAUUUUAGUUUCCUUUUAUGAGAGUGUGAAAUAUUCAAGUCCUAUAAGUUCUAUAACCAGGCACCAGGGUUUGAAUUUUUGCAUUAAAGAAUAAGUAAAUGAUUUUUUAAAAUGCAUUUCUUAAAGGACUCAAUAUUAAUCUUCUAUAGAAAGAAGGCAUCACACCUGAAAUUAUUGCUCUAAUUAAAGCAGUUUUGAAUUAUCUUAUGUGCUGAAAGUCAUUACAACUUAUAUUUUACAAACCUUUUCUCUAAAGACUUGAAAUAAUUGUUUAUAAUCUUGUUUGGGAUGAUAGAAUUGGAGAAACUAGCAAUCACUGGAGGAUUGGAGGAAAACCGAAAUUUAACAAUUCUAGCAAAUACACUGAAGGAACAUUUAAAAGAGAAAUCCCAGAGAGGAAUUAUUUUUGUCAAGACAAGAGCUUUGGCAGAAUCUUUGGCUUCAUGGUUGAAUAGAUCUGAACAAUCUUUAGCAGCAUUGAAUGCUGCACCUUUUACUAGCAGUAGUAACACCUUGGGACUAGGUAAAAAUGCACUUUUAUUUUAUGUUUUAACCCACACUCAUUAACUUUCCAUUUAAAGUGGAAUCCAAGCCUGUUAUAAAAACCUGAUAAUCCUAACUCUUUGCAACUGUAAAUUUAUUUAUGUAACUGUGUGCUGAGUGGGUGAUUGGUUGGUGGCACAAUUUUACGAUGCUAGCAGCGCCAAAAAACUAUAGCCAAAUGGUGGGUUGUUGGUGGAAAUACAGAUUUGAAUACAUUUAGAAUAAAGGAAACAAGGUCUUGAAAACUAUAGUUUUUUUAUUGGUUCUAAGAGGAUGGUAAAAACAGAGAAAGCAAAAGACACAUUUGAAGGAAAAAGAACAAAAUAGAGUGCCCAAAUGUGCCCAGAGAAUAACGCAAGGAGCGCAAUGUGUUCAAAUGGCUUUUUAAUAGCGAAUGAGUAACCCAUUUGUGCAUCCCCUAUAAAUAGGGCCGACCAGACAUACCAGAAAGCAAUAACAUCAUGGCAGACCAAGUCAUGUCUUUUGGCAGGCUGCUGACAGCGGGAAGUUUUGGUAAAAUUGACAAUCCUUCAAUACUCAAACCUGAGUGAAAGUCAAAACCCAGAAGACUUGAAUGUGUUUGUUCAGGUUUUGUCUCCGCUGUCUAAGCUGCAUUAUAUAUUUAUAUAUAACUGGUCUUUAGCAGGGGUUGAGACCCACCAUGGAUGAAUGUGAAGACACCAUUAAUUGCUUAAUAGUAAAAUUUCCCCCAAAAGAUAGAGGCUUGCUAUUAUACUUAACUUAGAUAUAGAAAAUAAAAUCCUCCUUCAGGCAAAAUAUAAUUUAUAACUUAACUCAACAGAAGGGUUACCAAGAAAUUAAUUUUUAAACUUAUAAAAAAAAAACUCAAAUGCCAAGGUUGAUUCUAGCAUAGAAAGGAGGAGUACUGCAUAGAAAGGAGCAGUACAGCAUAGAAAGGAGUAGUGCCACUGAUUGACCCAUAUGGGGAGCUAAACAGUUGUUUGACCUAUAUUCCACAAUGGCUUGUCUAUAACUGUAUUUGUGCUUUGGUUUAAGCAUGUUAUAGAUAUUUAAUUGUCUAGAGAUAUCCUAAGAAGUGGCACACACUGUCAAAUCAAGAACGUAUUUUUCGUCACAUUAAAUUUAAGGGGUAAUUUAUUCUGCUGAAUUAAAAUUUUUUUAAAUGCUUUGAAAUGAUAAACAUUAUGUAAAAUGAAGUAAUAUUGAAAACUGUAUGUCUUCUUUUGUCAGGUAUGUCACAAACACAACAAGACACAACUCUUCAGCAAUUUAGAACGGGUGAGGUGAGGGUCUUAGUAGCAACAUCAGUUGCUGAAGAAGGACUUGAUAUUCCGGAAUGCAACUUGGUCAUUAAAUACAAUCAUGUAGGCAAUGAAAUAUCCACUGUACAAACAAGAGGUAAAUUAAAUAAAUUAAUAAGAUUUUAUUAAGGCUCUGUAAAGAAAAUAUCACAUGUUGUGAGGAAUCUAAAAAUAUGGGCAAAAUAGGCCUAUGGUCCAUAGUGGUAGCGCCUGACAAAAUGUAAAAGUGAGUGUUUGCCAGACAGCUUUAUUUUAUGGGGAAAAACUAAGUAUGGAGAAACAUAAUUUAAUAAAUAUUAUAUGAAUAGAAGGAGAAACAUAAUUUAAUAAAUAUUAUAUGAAUAGAAAGAUUAAAAGCCUCUGUAUUGAUGUAUACAAUAUGCAACUUAUAGAAAGGUUGAAUAUACCUAUAGCUUAUAUAAAACUGAUUUUCUAAAUAUUUAGUUACACUUUGUAAAAAACCAGAUAUUUAGCAAAUCUAUUAAUAGUCUCAUGUUAAAUAGAGAUUUUGAUUUGUGGUGACUUCAAGCUUUAAUGAGGUAUUUAUAAGGCUUUGUACUUCUUUCAGACAUAACAACAGUGGUUUAAAUAAACAAAUAAUUCAAAACAUAAUAGGAAACGUGUCAAAAUUCUUUCCACAGACUCCCAAAAAAUCCAUAUAAUUAUCAGUAAUUAGCAUUUUUAAACAGUUUUUUGUUUAUGCUCAGUAAAUCAUUGUCAUUUUCAUGAUGUCUGGUUUGGCUAUGAAUUCCAAACCACAAGUUUCUGUUUUUAUUUUAUACAUACAUAAUUUACACAUUUUAUGUUGAUUUUAUUUGUUUAAUAUAAAACUUCCAGCUAAAUCUCUAAAUAAGAGUUUAAAAAGAUCAUGUAUAUCAACUCAACAGAUGUUAACCCUCUCAAUAAAGUAUAAAACUGCACUAAGUGAAGAAAAUAUGAUCUAUUUGUAGCAUAUCAAGCAUGCUUUAGUUUUUGAACAUGGAUUUAAAUAAAAGGUUAAGAAAAUUUGAUGUAAUUAGUAUACCUUUAGUAUACCUUGCUUUUUUUGAUAGGUAAAUAUUUAAUGAUUUAUUGAUGAAAGACAAAUAUUGCACAUCUCUAGGAGCCUCAAAUUAUCAUAGUCUUAGUACUGAUCACAAUCCAACUAACCUAGUAACUGCCAAAGUAUUUAAAAAAAUAUAAACAUCUCUUGGUAAAGUAAAAAAUGUACAAACUGGAGAAAAGUAAAGCAUGUACAACACUGGGGAAGUAUAGAAUGCAUAAGACUGGGGGUACAGUAAGAAGUGCACAAUUAAAUUUCUACAACUAUAUUAUUAAUUUUUUUUUAAAUAUGAAAAUAAAAUAGCCAAUAGCCUUAAUUGGAAUGGAUAAUUAUUAAUAAAUCAGAGUCAUUGCAGACUGAAAUAUAAGACCCGUAAAUGGCACAUAUUUCCAUACAAACAUUUCAGGCAGAAGUCGUAGUGCGGGAGGUGUUUCUGUGUUACUCGCCUUGAAUAAAAUUCUAACAAAGGAACUAAUGAACCAUAAAAGGGUGGAGCUGAUGUAUAAAGCCAUUGAAGCCAUUUGCCAAAUGGAUGAAGCUGAAAAAAGGCAUUUCAUCAAAAAACAUCAAGAAACUGUUUUAAAAGAAUUACAAAAUAAAGAAAGAAGAGAAGAAAUUGAGAGAAAAAAACUUCAGCAUGUUUCUUUCACAAUGGUAAGCACACUUUUUAAAAACUAUUAAAUGAAUAUUAUCUUUUUAAAAAAAAAUUAAUUACAGACUAUUAAAACUAAAAUCUUAGAAUAUCCACUCCGCUAAAUCUUACUUUUAGGUGCAUAUUUUGCUUUUAAACUGUUAACUUUUGAAAGUAAAGUAGAGAAAAAACAUUUUGGAAAGCUCUCUCUAGGAGAUGAGAAAACAACCAAGGGGAAAGACUGAUAAGCCACAACCUUAUUAUCAGAGGCACCUAAACUGACAUUGGACAUCACUAGAUAUAAGAAUGCAGAGCAAGAUUGAUAACAUCAUCAUCCCUGCAGGAUAUCUGAGUGAUGCAUCUUGUUGUAGAGACCAAAACUUGUUAACCACAGCUUAACAUAAGGCAACAGCUGAAAUCAACAUUCUUGACAUUUUGACAUCUUGACAUUGGGAUAUCAUGACAUUGUGACAUCUUGACAUUGUGUUAUCAUGAAAUUGUGAUAUUGUGGCAUCUUGACAUUGUGAUAUCAUGACAUAAAGAAUUUAUAGACAAGGAAAUAUUUUGUUAUUGCCCUAAAAAUAGAUGCCAUUGGGAUGACAAUAAAAUAUCAAUUGAUAACCUGAACAGAGCCUUGGUAGAAGCAGGGGAUGAAGUUCUGUGAAAUUGGAAAAACAAGUCAAGAGAGUAGGUAUUUGAUCAAAAUAAAACUUACAAAAAAGACAAUUGAAGAAAAGAAUUCAUGACACAAAAUCUACCAGACUAAGGAAAAGAGUAACAAGACCAUACAGACACAAUGACAAGGGAGUGAAGAAAGCAGCACAAGGAGACAACAGAAAGUGUGUAGAGAAAGUUGCAGAGUAGAUAGUCAUAGGGACUGAAAAAGGGGACAUGAUGAUAUUGUAACAGCCAACAUGACACCCAAAAGGACACAAUAGAAAGAGCCAGGAAAUGCCACUUAAAGCAAAGGAUGGUACUAUCUUUACCUAGGAAAUUAAGCAACAUUUUGGAAUAUUUAUAAACUGCCAUAGACUUCCUCUUCACACAAAAAAAAUCAUCCUGCAGCCAAAUAGGCCCUGAUUUCAGCACUAUCACCACUUGAGGAGUAAAGGGAACCACACACAAUAGGAAAUAUUACAUGGCAUCAGGAGAUGAAAGAUUAUGUGCAGAGAUGCUUUUGGCUCUGGACGCACCAUUUCACACAUAAUGAAAAAUACCUUCUACUUUCUACUUACCAGGGAGGCAUCAUGGAAAAGUAGAGUUGGCAAUCUGCCACAUGUUAUGGGCCUGCUGGAUAGUCAUGUUGUGCAAAGAUUCAGCUUGAUGGUUUUUGGACUCAGAAAGAUCAAAACUAUCUGGAAGACAGGAAAUAUCAUCAGAUUGCCUAAAAUUUAAACUAUAUCUGAUUGCAACAAAUGGCACUGCUAUACUUUUCUGUAAAUCACCAGGAAAGCCUUCUGCCACAGUAUGCUAAAAGAAAUUAUAACCAGUGGCGUACCUUGUCUAAAGGCUGCCCAGGGCAAACUCUCAAAAGUGAACCCCCACUAACACACAUACAAUAUUUAUAAAGUAUUAUAUAUAAACCCAAAAGUGCCCACUGGAGUUGCCCCUUUGCACCCACUUAGAUUUGCCACUGUUUAUAAAAGCCGUGGAGAUCAGGCCAACAUUGGUUCAUCUUCAUCUGAAGUCAUUAGGUAAAUACUAGAAGAGAAAGAAUGGAAUGCAACUCUCUCUCUUGUUUUUGUUGACUUUGAGUUUUGAGAAACCUUUUGACAGCCACUCACCACGUUCCUUUGGGAGAUUCUCAGACACCUUGGAAUUCCCAAGAGAAAAAAACAACCUGGUCUGUAUAUAUCAAAUCCCUCUAUGAGAACCUUGAAUCUAAAUCUGCCCACAAUGACCACCUAAAGUGAACCAGCAAUACUUUCAUUCAUAGGUUUUAUCUUAUCUAGCUAUUGAUUGGCUUAAGCAGCAAACCACGAAAGAAAAGAGGCAAAUCAUACAAUUGGUGCUGAACUUUGUACCUGAGGACUAGGACUAAGCCAGUGACAUAGGAUUGCUUUCCGACAAGUAUCAAAAUGUCCAUGUCUAAAAGUUUAUCGUAGAGUAAACUUCCAGUACCAUAGACCUUAAGGUGAACUCCAGGAAAACAUAGGUCUUCAGAAAUACAAAUACCAUAGAGAAUGACACAAUCACCGUGAGCAACAUGCCCCUGACAGAUGAAACAAAGUUUUAGUACCAAAGAUUCAGGGUCACGCAAAUAGGUGACUAUGCAAAGAAAUCGAAGGCAAAUCAAGUAUUUUGAAUGUUGACACUCAUGUCUCAUGUGGAGACCAAGCGACCAGAAUGUCCACACCAAGAUCCCAGUUAGUAAUGUCUUUGGUGUUCUCCUCUAUGGUUCAGGAUACUGGAAGAGUAAAAGCAUUUCAGAAAAGAAGUCUACAAAAAAUCCAUAGAUUCUUUUGGCUUUAAAAACUUUUCAAUAAUAAAUUGAUAUGCUGAUUGAAAGCGACAAUUAAUGCAGAAACUAUCUGUAGACGUUGCCAUGGAUGACUUGGUCAUAUGCGUACCAUGCGAUCAUCCUCACUUCCAAAGACAGUACUAAGAGGGACAGCCUAGUAAAAACUAAAAUGCAGAAGACCCAAAAAGACUUGGUGCUGAACAAUAGAGAAUGAUCUGUGGAAUAGAAACCUGACCUUGCUGACAUCUUCCAUUUCAACAUGAAUCUGCAGACAGCUCUCAUUUAAACCUUACUCUGCAGACAGCUUUUCAUAUAUACAUCUCCUAUAUAAACCACAAUUUGCCAACAGCUCCCACAUAAACCUGACCCUGCAGACAGCUCCCACUUAAACCUGACCCUGCAGACAGCUCUCAAAGAAACCUGGCUCUAGAGAUAACUCCCAUAGAAACCUGGCUCUACAGACAGCUCCUUUAGAAACUUUACCCUGCAGACAGCUUCCAUAUAUAUCUGACCCUGCAGACAGCUCCUUCAGAACAAGCUGAUAGACAAAAAAGGUCUUAUCUAUAUAUUGUCUCAGGCACUAGUUGGCACACACGGAGUAAAUGAAAUAUCAAAACUUUUACAUUGUGGUCUCUGGAAUUAAGGACACUGAAAAGCUCAGUAACCCUUUAUUUGUAAGAUAAUAGUUAUUUCUUGUUCAAAUCUGCAAAGUUAAGCAAUCUGGUCACAUAGCUGGGCGACGAAAUUUGUUUAUUAUUCAUCCACUUAAUGUAAUAUUUUUAAAAAUCUAAAAGAUUUUUUUAUUUACAUUCAGGUGUGUCAUCUGUGUAGGAAAGUUAAAAUUGAAAGCUCAAAAAUUAGAUUGAUUAAUGGAACUUGCCGAGUAGCCCUUGACAGGUACUUUAAAUUUGUUCUAUUUUUGUGAGUGAUGGUUAAAUGUAAUUAACAUUUGCAGUUAUCAUAAUCUUUAUGUGUUUUUAUAUGUCAGUCUUUUGUAUGAAAUCAGGCCUGUGAGAUUUCAUUAAGUACUCUUAAUAUGUCUAAGCUUGUGUCCAUGAACUGUAAAUAUGUCUAAGAUUGUAACCAUGUACUUUAAAUAUGUCUAAGAUUGUGCUCAUGUACUAUUAAUAUGUCUAAUAUUUUGUCCAUGUACUGUAAAUAUGUGAAAGAUUGUGUCCUUGUAUUUUAAAUUUGUUUAAGAAUGUGUCCAUGUACAUGUCUAAGAUUGCAUCCAUGUACUGUGGUGUCAUAAUGUGUACAUUAAUUCUAUGGAAGAGGCAUCUCGAAUUUGUGCAACAGGACAAACAUUAUUGAGAUUUACAUUACUACUUUUUAAAAAAAAAGUUAUUAUGAAUUAAAGCUACAAAGUAAGACUCUAGUUUUGUGAUAUGUCUUCAAAUCUAUUCAAGUACACUGCUACAGCAAACAGUUUGUGAACCCUACACCAAAGGCGCACAGGAGCACAAUGAAAUUGAAUAUGUUGGAGACGUCCGAUGUAAGGGUGAGCCCCAGACAGGAAAACGUUGCAAGGGAUUCCUAGGUAGCAUGGUCAGACGCUACAAUAAUCCAUUUUUUGCUCUUGGAGUCAAGAAUUUUGAAUUCAUCAUAAAUGGCUCUGCCAAACCUCAGACCUAUAAACAAUGGAAAAAUGUUCCUUACUUUGUACAAGACAUUACUGAUGAGGACACACAAAGGUAGGUUAAAAAGUGUCUCAUAAUGAAUACCAAUUGGUCUUCGCAUUUUUAUCACAAAAUUGUUCAAACAUUCUCUUUAAAAGUUUCAUAUUUUCUCACUGAAAUUGACAAUAUCAAAACUUGUCAAAUUAGAUGUUCUGUUAGAAAUUGAAAGCAGUGCAGAAUUAAUAUCUCUUUAAAUCAUUUCUAAAAUAAAAUAUGACAACUUGUUAUUCUCACAUUUUAAUAACUCAAGAUGCACAUUAUUUUUAAAAAAAUGUAUAUAUUGAAAAAUUAAUUUUAACUUAAUAAGCUGUCAAGCAUACUUAAAAAAUGUGGUAAAUAACAGCCCAAAAAACUUAGUUUUAUUACCGGUAUAUGGCAUAUCUUUUUGAGUCUAAUGUCACUUUCAUCCAAUUUAGGUGUCUUUUUUUAUAUAAAGUCUAAAAAAAAAAAUAUGACUGAAGGUAAAUUCAAAAGAUAAUUCUUCUUUGCAUUAUGAAGCUACAUGUCAGGAGACACAGCAACCAGUUCAAAUGAUGAAGACAUGGCAGAAACAGUUGAUGAUAUUAGUUCAGACAGGAUCGGAAGAGGAGAACACAAAGGCAUGCCUGGAGCAAGUAAUAAUGGGAGCAAGACUACAUCUUACAAAAGAGAUCACGCGAUUGAAAGUAAUAAACUAUUUUAAAUAGUUUUUUUGUUUUGUACAAUAAUAAUCCUAUAGUACUAUAAAUUGUUGUUAGUAUUAAUUACCUGAAUAAAUAUUUGAAAUUUACUCAUGCAAACACAAAGAAUAUUUUAUUUAUUGCAAAGCUUAUAAUUAAAAGUAAUUAUAAUUUGGUAUAAUUUAGUAUAAUUAGUAUAAUUUCUACUUAAUUUGUUUGUAAUUUCAGACAAUGGUGAAACCAAAAAACCAAAAUUUGAUGUUGAUAUUGCAAAUUGUGAUGAUGCAAUUUCUGAAAUUGAUAAAUUGCUUGAACAGCCUUGAGAAAAAUGAAAUGAUCCAUCCAAAUCCAAUAGAAGAUUGACAGCUUCUAUUAUUUUUUUUCUUUGCUUUAAAACAAGAAAAUUAUAUUUUUUAUAGAGCCAUAUAAUUUGGUAAUUACUAAAAACUGUCUUAUGUCCUUAAAUGACUGCCUAUGUCAAAAAAUGUUUUAUUGUGAAUAUUAGUUUUAGUCUAUUUAAAAAUUUAAAGAAGUUUAAAUUACCUGUAACAGCUAAAUAAUCUCCACAUAAUUUUAUAACCUAUAUAUUUAUAUCAUAUGGAUUAUUAACAUAUAUAAAACUAUGCUAAUAUUUUUAUUUGAUUAAGGUCAAAAUAUGUAUGUUCUUUCUUUAAUAAGGACAAAGUUGUUAAAAAAUAUUUUCAUCUUAUUGUUGAAUGUCUUUUAUUUAUAAGGGCCGAUCACAGAUUUUGUGCUCAAAAUAAAGCAUAUUCUAUGCUCAAUUACUUUCAUUAGCUCUAGACAGUUAAGUUCUUUAUUCCUUUAUGAUAAUUUUAUAGUUCUGUUUUUAAAUUAAUAUAUCUAUAACCUGGGUGAAAUGUGGUAAUUAUUAUAUUCCGCAAUAAAUCCAUUAAAAAAAUUAUGGGCUAAUAUAGAAAUUAUUUUUCAGAACACUUGCAUCCAUUAGACAAAUAUAGACAGCUGGCUUGAAUACAACGCUC